AUAAAUAAAUGAAUAAAUAAAAAUUAACGAGCGUGUUAAACCCUGCAGAAAAACCCAGUGAGAGAGAGGGAGGCGAGAAGAGAAAGAGGCCCCAAAUCGCAGCGAAACGGCAACAUCGCAGAGAGAGAGAGAGAGAGAGAGAGAGAGAGAGAGAAGUAUUUUCCAUAUUCUUUUUGCUCGCCCUAGAGCCCCCAUAGCAAGCCUCCUCUUCGUGUUCGCCGAAAAACCCUACAACAAUGGCGGACGUGGUGCAGUACCGGAUGGAGCGAAUGGUCAAUGAGUUCGAUGACCUCGAACGCCGUGGCCUAUUCACUCGCCGUGAGAUCGCUGAGAUUGUCAAGCAGCGCCGCAAGUUCGAGUACAGACUCAAGCGUCCCUCUCCACUGAAGCAGGACUUCUUGGCCUACAUUGACUACGAGACUCAGCUCGACAAGCUCCGGCGGCUCAGGAAGAAGUCGGUAGCUCGCGAGCUCAAGGAGAAGGGAAUCAACGCCAAUAAGAAGAAGAUGAAGAAGUCUGUUUCUGACUAUGCUGGUGUUUCCAGGAUUGUUGAAAUUUACAGGCUUGCGGUUAUGCGGUUUAAGGGUGACAUUGAAUUGUGGUUUCGGUACCUGGAAUUUUGUAGAGAGCGAAAGAAUGGCAGAAUGAAGAAGGUCUUGGCCCAGGUUAUUAGGUUUCAUCCAAAGGUCCCAGGUAUUUGGCUGUAUGCUGCAGCUUGGGAAUUUGACCACAACUUAAAUGUUGCAGCUGCCCGUGCUCUCAUGCAGAGUGGGUUGAGAAUGUGCCCUACUGCAGAAGACCUGUGGGUAGAAUAUCUUCGGAUGGAACUCACAUAUCUUAAUAAGUUAAGGGCCAGGAAGGUUGCUCUUGGAGAAGAUGAGGGAACUCUGAUUCGUGAUAAAAAGGCUGAUGAUGGAUUUGUGCCUUUUAAUGAUGAAAGAGAAAAUGAUGAUGGAUCAAAUGUUGAAAGUGGGGAUACAAAGAAGAGAGUAGACUUGUUUCGAGAGCAGGGAUUUAGUGUUUUAAAAACCAUAUAUGCUGGGGCAGUUGAAGCUCUUCCUUCUAGUUUGACACUGAGAAAGCGAUUUCUUGACAUUUUGGAUGCUACAGACUUGGCGCAUUCAGAAGAUAUGCGGAAGGAAAUACUAAGUGAGAUGAAGAGAGACUUUUCAACAGAACCAGAAUAUUGGGACUGGCUUGCAAGACUUGAAUAUGAUCCUGAAAGUAUAAAGGAAAUGAGUGAAGAACUCAUGCUUUCUCAAAUACAAAAAGCAGUUCAGGUAUAUGAGGAGGCUAUAAAAGUUCUGCCUUCUGCAGUAAUGUAUAAUCUGUAUGUAAGUUUUCUUAGGGAUAUUAUUGCAUCCCAAAAAGGAGAAGAAGGAUCUUUGGGUUUAUCAAGCCAGUGUGCAACUUCUAUAUCACAUCUCUUGGUGGUAUACGAGAAGGCAGAAACAAUGGGGUGCAUUACUGAGGAUCUUGCAUGCCAGCAUAUUUCAUUUUAUUUGCAGCUGGGAAGACUGGAAGAAGCCAGGAAACUAGCAGAAAAGCUUUGCCGUGAAAGAUUUUCAGAUUCAGUAAAGUUAUGGUUGUUAAGGGUCUCAGUAGAAAUUAAACAUGUAACAAGGAAUUCCCCAUCUCCGAGCAAAGCUGAUCUUCUACCUAUAUUUGAACUCCUAAAAGAUGUUUUGACCAGAGCCUCUGUAUCAGAAUCUGAGAGUUUGUGGCUGAUGGCACUAAAAUUGUUUGCAAAUCAAAAAAGUUAUUUUGACAAACUGGUUGAGAUUUCUAUUGGAUCAUUAAUUAAAGAUGGUGGCAUUGAUGAUGGAUUCUCCCUCUCUUCUGCUAUUGUGAAUUUUGUUCUACAAAAAGAUGGAAUUCAGCAGGCUAGAGAGAUGUACAAACGCUUUCUUGCUUUACCACGUCCAGGGCUUGCUAUAUACAGAAACUGUAUUCAAUUGGAAUCCAAUCUUGCAUCAAUUGGUGAUAAAGAUGGCCUAGUAAACGCGAGGAGAUUAUAUGAAUCUGCACUUGCAACUUACAGUCAAAAUGUGAGCUUAUGGCAAGAUUUCCAUAAAAUGGAGACCAAGUUAGGGACAUCAGAAACAGCUAGUGCAGUCUAUUGGCGUGCAAGGAAGAUUCUAAAAGACACUGCAGCGCUUCUAAUGCCGGAGUUGUAAUGUAUGUUUGUACAUCCAAUUCAAUUUUGACCUUUAGACAUAGUCAUCACUUUUUAUAGUUGAAUGGUAAGCAGAUGCGAAACCGUAAUGCAAGUUGUGUUCCCCAACACAAAAGAAGUGGGAGCUUAAAGGGGGUAACGGGUUUGUAGCAUAACCCGUUUGUAUUCAUGGGGUAGUAUUAAUUUUAUUUUUGUGCUUUCUAUUCCAGUAAUUGAGUUUCCAAAUUUUUUUUUAAUCUGUAUUGAUCAAACUGUUACUUCUGAUGAAAACACUUAGAAUUUGCUAAUUUAUUGAACGUUAGAACCGGAUUUUGUUGA